AUGUCGAAUAUCACCGAAAAGAUCGCAAACACCAUGAGCUCCUAUAUGGGUAGCGCAAAGCAAGUCCUCGGCGAGAAGCUCGGUUCCCCGGACAUGGUCGCCAGCGGAGUCAUCCAAAAGACCCAAGCCGACAACAUCCUCAGAGAAGCCGCUGCCAAGACCCACGCCCAGGGCCACGGCCACAAUGUCGAAGGCCAAGCCCAGAAGAAGGUCGGCUCCCUCACCGGUGACAAGACCAUGUAUGCCAAGGGCGAAGUUAACGAUGCCAUCGGCGACGCCCAGCGUAGCGUCUAG